AUGCAUCCAGAAGCAGAGCGGGAGUUGGCGUAUAUUCUGCUCGUGGAAUUACUAGCGCAUCAGUUUGCGUAUCCCGUGCGAUGGAUCGAAACACAAAAUGCUAUUCUCGGAGAGAUCAAAGCGGAGAGGAUUGUGGAGGUCGGGCCGGCGAAUAUCCUCACCAAUAUGAUGAAAAGAACCUGGAAUGGGCGAUACACAAUUUCAGAUGAUGUCCAAGGCCUUCGCCGGCGGAUACUUGGGCCUGAUGCAGACCUGCCAGAGAUUUAUUAUCAGUCUCCCGUUGAGGAGAUGAGUUCUGAGGAAAGGACUGGAAAUUCGCUGGUAGCGAGUUCCCAGACACCACACCAGAGCGACGAGAAUGAGUUUGGUUCCAGCCAGCCAGCAUCACAGUCGACCAUAGACGACAACCAUGAGCCAAUAGCGCCAAUGAUGGAUUUGGAAGAGGCCAAUGUCCCGGUCUCCGCAGUGCUGCUCGCGAUUAUAGCCACAAAACUAAAGAAAGCCCCCAAAGAUAUUGAUACCACAAAGUCAAUCAACCAGCUCGUCAGCGGACGCUCAACGCUCACCAAUGAAAUUGUUGGUGAUCUUCACGUCGAGUUCGCAAAUCAACUGCCCGACCGUGCAGAGGAGCAGCGACUCAGCGAGCUGUUUGAGACACUUAGCAAGGUCCACACUGGAACACUUGGGAAGAAGACUUCAUCACUCGUUGCAAGCUUUGUCUCCUCCAAAUUACCAGGUAGCUUCAACCAGUCAAAGGUCCGGGAGCAUCUUCAGCAACGAUGGGGGCUAGGACCCAUGCGCCAGGAUGCGGUUUUGCUUCUUGCGCUCACAAGUCAGCUUGACUCACGCCUGCCUUCUGAAGACGCUGCGAAGAGCUUUAUCGACGACUGCGCGGGAGCAUAUUUCAAGCAGGAGGGCUUGUCACUGCCCCGAAGCAGCCCAUCCACCGUAGGGACAAUCGCCAAGGUUGACGCAAAAGCUCUGGAAGUGAUCAAUGAAAGAAGCAACGCUUUGCUACGGGACAUCAGUGAGGCGAUGUCUCGGCAUCUUCCCACAAACACGAGUCCCAAAACGGAUUCAAUGGCGGCGAAAUCUGAACAAGAGGUUGACGAACUCGACCUGUGGCGCAGCGAGCACGGAGAAGAUUAUGCUGAGGGUAUCAAGCCGAUAUUCGAUAUUGGGAAGCAACGGUUCUACGACUCCUUUUGGAACUGGUCCUCCCGCGACAUUGCUCUACUUUUCGAUCUUGCCAAGCACCCCAGCUCACAGAAUGCGGGGUUGAUCGAAGAACUUUCAACAUCUAUUAUCAAUCGAUCUUGCGAGCGCUCUAUCGCUCAGAUCCAGUAUCUUUGCUCAAAAACAAUGGGCGAAAAGACGAACCUAGGCCGGAUCAUGAGGCUUUGUCUGCAAGCAAGCAUAUCCUCGAAGAAUCGGGACCCGGUAUUCAUUGAUGGGUCAAUCGACCUGGCGCCAUCAACAACUAUUGACAAAGAGGGUAACAUCAAAUUUGCCGAAGUACCGCGAACAUCCCCUCUCAAGGUUCGCAAGUCUUCAAUCCCGCAAAUGCCAUAUCCCGUGGGCACCUAUGAUCAUGGCAUCUUGACUAUGUCUGACAGGCUCAGCUCUGCAUAUGCGGAAGACUUGGAUACAGCGCGGCAUUCCGGGUUCACCUUUCGGGGUAGGAAUGUGUUGUUGACAGGUGCUGGCCGGAACUCCAUUGGCUUCGGGCUUCUGAAGUACCUACUACAGGGCGGUGGAAGAGUCACAGUGACUACUAGCAACUACUCCUCAGAAGCCACGCAAAUGUACCAGAGCCUUUAUUCUCGACAUGGAGCCAAGGGGUCUGUUUUGAGGGUUCUUCCAUUCAACCAAGGUAGUCAACGAGACAUCCAGGAGCUUGCGAAGAACUUGGUAGAUGACUGGGACCCUGACUUCAUUAUUCCAUUUGCGGCAAUAUCCGAGAACGGCCGAGAGCUUGAAGAGUUGGAUUCGAAGUCGGAGAUUGCCCACCGGCUGAUGCUCACCAAUCUCCUCAGGUUAUUUGGUGCCGUUUCCAAGAAUAAGCGUUCCAGGGGAAUUAUUACCAGACCUGCCACAGUCGUACUCCCCCUGUCUCCCAAUCAUGGUCUCAUGGGUAACGACGGUCUCUAUGCAGAGUCCAAGAGGGGCCUGGAAUCUCUACUCUCGAAAUGGAAGUCCGAAACUUGGAGUGACUAUCUGUCUAUGCUGGGGGUUGUCAUUGGCUGGACUCGAGGAACAGGCCUCAUGGACGACAAUGAUAUUGUUGCUCAGGGAGUCGAGGGUAUGGGAGUUCGGACAUUCUCCAAAGACCAAAUGGCUGCAUUCAUUGCGUCCCUCUUGGGCGGCAGAAUGAACGUUGCUUGCCAGUCCAUCCCAAUUGUCGUCGAUCUCAGCGGCGGAAUGGGCAAGGUCAUGGAACUGAAGGAUAAGCUUACGAAAAUUCGCCAUGAUCUUCGCGCCGAAGCAGACAUUCAACGAGCUAUCAUGGAGGAGCAGCAGAGAGAAGCAACAAUUACUGGUCGCAAGACGUCAUUCCAUACUCCCCAGGCUUUGCCGCGGAGAGCGAAUCUACGUCUUCAGUUACCUCGACUAGCUGAGUGGAACGGGGAACUGGCAUCUCUCGCAGAAGGCUUGGAGGGUAUGGUCGACCUGAGCCGAAUAGUUGUCAUUACGGGUUUCGCAGAGCUUGGACCUUAUGGGAGUAGUAGGACACGAUGGGAGAUGGAGGCCGAGGGCUCUCUGUCUCUUGAAGGAUGCAUUGAGAUGGCAUGGAUGAUGGGUCUCAUCAAAUACAGCAAAGAUGUUCUGAAAGACGGGCUCCCGUGGACUGGCUGGGUAGACGCAAAGACCUCGGCUCCGGUGGAAGAGAGUGAGAUCUUCUCACGAUACAUGGGAUCGAUCCUCGAGCAUACAGGCAUACGCAAGAUUGAGCCAGACAAUUGCGACAACAACUACGAUCCGGAAAAGAAGACGACAGUCCAGGAAAUGGAACUCACUCAGGACCUACCCCCAUUUGAGGCAUCGUCUGACGUGGCUCGGUACUUCCAACUUCAGCACGGUGAGAAGGCCGUUAUCAGCAAGAUGGAGUCUGGGCUUGUCAUGGUCCAGCUCAAGGCUGGCGCGAAAGUUCUCGUCCCAAGAGCAAGUCGGUUCAAUCGCACGGUGGCUGGCCAGAUUCCAACUGGAUGGUCGGCAAAGCGAUACGGCAUCGACGACGAGAUUAUUGAGCAAGUUGACCCUGUGACACUCUUCACGUUGGUCUGCACUGUCGAAGCACUCUUGACGUCAGGGAUUGUCGACCCGUACGAAUUAUACAAGCAUAUCCAUCUUUCCGAAGUUGGUAAUUGUAUUGGUUCAAGCAUGGGUGGGCUUUCGUCGUUGAGACAGAUGCACCGCGAUCGAUUCCUCGAUAAAACAGUCCAGGGAGAUAUUCUCCAGGAAACCUUCAUCAACACAACGGGGGCAUGGAUCAACAUGCUACUAAUGUCUUCAACUGGACCAAUAAAAACACCUGUCGGUGCCUGUGCCACGUCGCUGGAGUCACUUGAUACGGGAUACGACCUCAUUGUAGCUGGCAAAGCCAAGGUCUGCAUUGUUGGUGGCGUGGAGGACUUCGUCGAAGACGUAUCGUACGAGUUUGGAAGCAUGAAUGCUACCUGUGACACUGACAAGGAAUUUGCCGCUGGAAGAAGUCCAGCUGAGAUGUCCCGGCCUACAACAUCAACCAGAAGUGGAUUUGUCGAGUCUCAAGGAUGUGGAAUUCAGAUCCUUACGACUGCCGAGCUUGCCCUGGAGAUGGGUCUUCCCAUAUUUGGAGUGGUAGCUUUUACCAGUAUGGCUGCCGAUAAAGUCGGCCGCUCUGUCCCAGCACCCGGUGGAGGCGUUUUGACAAAUGCCCGAGAAGCAAGCUCGGGGAGACGAUAUGCCACGCCACACCCCCUGCUCGAUAUAGGAUACCGUCGAAGGCUACUCAAUAUGAGAAUUCAGCAAGUCAACGACAACUACCAGACAAAUCUGGACCUUAUGGAGCAUGAAAUUCAUUACAUAAAAGAGAUGGGAACCGACGGCUUUGACGAGGAGCGCUAUCGACAGGACAACAUGACUGCUUUUGAAGAGGACGCAAAGAAGCAAGAGGCGGACUUGAGAUUCAGUCUGGGCAAUCAAUUUUGGAAGAAUGAGCAGCACAUCGCACCGAUCCGAGGCAGCCUCGCAACUUGGGGCCUUGGGAUCGAUGAUUUGGCGGUCGCGUCGAUGCACUUGACCUCGACCGUGAAGAACGAUACCAAUGAGUCUUCAGUUCUUCAGAAGCAGAUGGAAUUCCUGGGGAGACAACAGGGAAAUCUUCUUACUUGCGUAGGCCAGAAAUGGCUGACUGGUCACUCAAAGGGAGCUGCUGGUGCCUGGAUGGUGAACGGGGCCCUACAGAUGAUGGACUCUGGUUUGAUCCCAGGUAAUCGAAAUGCCGAUAACAUUGACACCGACCUGCGACAGUACAAUCUUCUUCACUUCCCAAACAUGACCACCCGGGCUGAAGAGAUCAACGCUUGCUCCAUUACCUCCUUUGGGUUUGGACAGAAGGGCUCACAGGCCAUUCUGGUUCACCCAAAGUUUCUCUUUGCGACCACCAACAAGCAGGCUUACGAGGACUACGUCGCGAGGAGGAAUGGUAGAUGGAGAAAGGCAAACAGCUUCUUCAGCCGUGGGAUACUUCAUGAGAGGCUUGUCAACACCAAGACUUUGCCGCCUUACCAGGCGGCGCAAGAGUCUGCAGCACUGCUCAACCCGGCAGCUCGUUUCUCUGAGCAACGCUAUUAA